AUGGAAAAAAGAGAAGCGGCGGAUUCUAUAGGAAGCGUAAACACGUAUUUGCACAAUCUUCAAUUGAACCCCAAUUCCGAUAAAACAAAAUCCACCCACAAAUCGCAUGCCCCCACACUUCAGUCAUUUGAUUUUUCGUUUUUGGUGAAGCGAGAGUGUCCACCUAGCUUGGUGAGCUUGUGUAUUGGAGUGGUGGGUAGGCAUCUUGAAGACAUCAUUGAUGACUUGGCUGAGAUUGCCUCUACUUUUCCCUCCGAUAUUAAAAUGGCACUGGUGGCAAUCGCAAGAAGAAGAAAGUUACUGAAUGAUGACAUUAUCGUUGCUCUGGCCGACAGUUCAUGGGAGAUAUUUGAUAUAUCUGGUUCAGAUGUUUCUGACUUUGGGCUUUGUCAUGUUGUAAAGCUAUGCAAGAAUCUGAGAGCAGUGGAUAUAAGUCGUUGCAGCAGACUCACAUCAACUGGUGUUUCCGAACUUCUUCAAAAUUGUCAUUCACUUGAGAUACUGAGAUGGGGAGGUUGCCCCAGGAGUGACUAUACUGCUCGCAGAUGCUCAAGUCUUUUAAAACCAAACCUUAAUGACUUAGGUGGAGAAUCAUGGGAGGAACUCGACGUCACAGAAUUCACUCAUGGUGCGCAGUCACUGCGCUGGCUAGUAUGGCCAAAAAUUGACAAGGAUUCAUUGGAGAGCUUAUCUGUUGACUGCCCUCGCAUAACUAUAAAUCCGAAGUCAUCACCUUUGGGUUUCAGGGGCUCUGAAGUUCCGCGAGAAGCAAUACUGCAAGUUGUGUUGGAUGACCCCAUUGUUAAAGAUAUUGAUCCAAAAACUUGGGCAGUUACUGGAUUUAUAUCUAAAACUACACUUGCAUCAGUUUCAAGUCCUAAUGAAUUAUCCAUUGCUGAAAAAUUUAGGCUUGCAUUUGUAGAGAGAGAUACUCGUUUAGCGCCAAAGAGAGCAAAGAACGCAAGACAACAUCGACGACGUUCAGAGAGGGAAUGGGUAAUGACAGAUACAAGAGCAAAAGCAUUAGCGCUCGCCUCAAAGGCAAGCAAAUCUUUACAUCCUAAGAACUCGUGA